GCCGGCCAGACUGUUUCCAAACAAUCAUUCGCAAUGGCUCGUACCAAGCAGACUGCCCGCAAGUCUACCGGAGGCAAGGCCCCCCGCAAGCAGCUGGCCACCAAGGCAGCACGUAAGUCUGCCCCUGCUACCGGAGGUGUCAAGAAGCCCCAUCGUUACAGGCCUGGUACUGUUGCCCUUCGUGAGAUCCGUCGUUACCAGAAGAGCACUGAGCUCCUCAUCCGCAAGCUGCCCUUCCAGCGCCUCGUCCGUGAGAUUGCCCAGGACUUCAAGACUGACCUCCGCUUCCAGUCCUCUGCUGUCAUGGCUCUGCAGGAAGCCUCCGAGGCUUACCUGGUCGGCCUCUUCGAGGACACCAACCUGUGCGCCAUCCACGCCAAGCGGGUAACCAUUAUGCCCAAGGAUAUCCAACUUGCUCGCCGUAUCCGCGGAGAGCGCGAGACCGGAGAAACCGAGCAACCAAGCAAUUUACUUAGAGGAAGUGUACUUGGUGACGGCCUUGGUGCCCUCGCUGACAGCGUGCUUGGCCAGUUCACCGGGGAGCAGAAGCCUGACGGCGGUCUGAAUCUCCCGGCUGGUGAUGGUGGAACGCUUGUUGUAGUGGGCAAGGCGGAAGCCUCAGCGGCAAUGCGCUCAAAAAUGUCAUUCACGAAAGAAUUCAUGAUGGACAUGGCCUUGGAGGAGAUACCGUGCACCACCAGCGCCAGCCUCGGCUGGCAAACUAUCAACAUGUCUGGUCGUGGUAAGGGCGGUAAGGUAAAGGGCAAGUCAAAGUCCCGCUCAAGCAGGGCCGGCCUUCAGUUCCCCGUCGGUAGGAUUCACCGCCUUCUGCGUAAGGGCAACUAUGCUGAACGUGUAGGUGCUGGUGCCCCUGUGUACCUCGCUGCCGUUAUGGAGUAUUUGGCUGCUGAAGUCCUCGAGUUGGCAGGUAAUGCCGCCCGUGACAACAAGAAGACCCGUAUCAUCCCCCGUCACUUGCAGCUGGCCAUCCGUAACGACGAAGAGCUCAACAAGCUCCUCUCUGGCGUUACCAUCGCCCAGGGUGGUGUCCUGCCCAACAUCCAGGCUGUGCUCCUCCCCAAGAAGACCGAGAAGAACUGUAUAUACCUACCUGUGACUGUUCCAAAGAAGCCCCAUCGUUACAGGCCGUACUGUUGCCCCAUUCGUUUGUUGAGAUCCGUCGUUACCCAGAAGAGCACUGAGCUCCUCCCAUCCCGCAAGCUGCCUUCCAGUUUCCAGCGCCUCGUCCGUGAGAUUGCCCAGGACUUCAAGACUGACCUCCGCUUCCAGUCCUCUGCUGUCAUGGCUCUGCAGGAAGCCUCCGAGGCUUACCUGGUCGGCCUCUUCGAGGACACCAACCUGUGCGCCAUCCACGCCAAGCGGGUAACCAUUAUGCCCAAGGAUAUCCAACUUGCUCGCCGUAUCCGCGGAGAGCGCGCCUAAGAUUUUGGUUGCUAGCUUGCUUGCAUACAUCAAAAUCAUCCUCCU